AUGUCCUCUUUCGCAACCAAAACAGGCCAUGCCUUGGCCAAGAUUCUUGGCAUCACACUCGAGGAUCCCAACCAAGACGCCACAGAAAAUGCCACCCGAGGAGAGUCAAUUCUCCCCAUUCAAACCAGUGACAGCUUUGUCGAGGGGCCCCCAACUACAUCUGAAUGGCUUCACGAUCAAGUACCGACACGGCAAGAAGUCGGUGAAUAUGCCAAGUCCUUGUUUCCCUGCCUGUCCUGGAUAGGGCACUACAACCUCCAAUGGUUCGCUGGCGACGUCGUCGCCGGAAUUACUAUUGGUGCCGUUGUCGUGCCUCAGGGUAUGGCUUAUGCCCUGUUGGCCAACCUUGAGCCUCAGUUCGGCCUCUAUUCCUCCUUUAUGGGUGUCAUAACCUAUUGGAUAUUCGGAACAUCAAAAGAUAUAUCUAUUGGCCCUGUGGCUGUCUUAUCUACAGUUGUGGGAAGCGUUGUUGAAGAUGUUGCCUCAUCCCCAGAUACCAAAGACAUACCGCCGCAUGUCAUUGCCUCGGCUCUGUCCAUCAUUGCUGGGUGUAUUGUUUUGGGAAUCGGCCUUUUGAGAUGCGGGUGGAUCGUGGAUUUAAUUUCCAUCACCUCCCUGUCUGCUUUCAUGACUGGAUCUGCCAUCACAAUUGCAUCUAGUCAGCUGCCAGCACUGAUGGGUUUGACUGGCUUCUCGAAUAGAGAUCCUGCGUAUAUGGUCAUCAUCAACACCUUGAAACACCUACCCGAGACGAAACUUGACGCGGCCAUGGGACUGACGGCACUAUUCUUUCUCUACCUCAUUCGAUUCACUCUCACGUCGGCUGCGGAGCGUUUUCCAACCCACAAAAGAGUCAUCUUUUUUAUGAAUACUAUGCGAACCGUCUUUGUCAUCCUUCUGUACACCAUGAUCAGCUGGCUGGUCAACAUGCAUCGUAGGGAACACCCACUAUUCCACGUUCUUGGAACUGUUCCAAAGGGUUUCCGCAAUGCCGCUGUCCCAGAACUGUCAAGCAGCGUUGUUUCACAUUUUGGCUCCCACCUACCCGCGACCGUCAUUGUCAUGCUCGUUGAGCACAUUGCCAUUUCCAAAUCUUUUGGCAGAGUCAACAACUAUUCCAUCGAUCCUUCACAGGAAAUGGUUGCCAUUGGCAUGACCAACAUUCUAGGGCCCUUUCUCGGCGCAUAUCCAUCUACGGGCUCUUUUAGCCGAACGGCAAUUCAAUCAAAGGCCGGCGUUCGCACCCCGGCUGCCGGUAUUGUCACUGGGAUUGUCGUUCUCUUGGCCACAUACCUUCUGACAGCAGUCUUCUUCUACAUUCCGAGUGCCACACUUGCAGCCGUCAUCAUCCACGCCGUCGGUGACCUCAUCACGCCUCCGGAUACAGUCUAUCAGUUCUGGCGCGUUUCCCCCAUCGAAGUAUUUGUCUUCUUUGUUGGUGUUUUCGUCAGUGUCUUUGCUCAAAUCGAGGACGGCCUGUAUGCCACCGUCGCCAUUUCUGCCGCCAUUCUCAUAUACCGCAUCUUAAAGGCCCGAGGACGGUUCCUCGGCAAAGUACGAGUCCACUCUGUCCUUGGUGAUCACAUUAUUGGCGAGAAUCAUAAAAAGGUAUACGGAGAAUACGGUACAUUCGACGGAGCGGCUGAGGUCUCUGCACGCAAUAUAUUCCUUCCCCUGGAUCAUGGAGACGGCUCCAAUCCUGAGGUAGAACUAGAGAGUCCUUACCCUGGAAUCUUCAUUUACCGCUUCUCCGAGGGGUUCAACUAUCCCAAUGCUAAUUUCUCACUGGACUAUCUCACCGACGUUAUUUUCUCACAAACGAAGCGGUCCAGUCCCGAGAGUUUUGAGCGCGCGGGCGACAGGCCUUGGAGCAACCCGGGGCCUGGAAAAUCCGCCAAAUCUCGUCAAGAUCCAGGAGCCGACAGACGGCCUACACUCAAGGCCAUCAUUUUGGACUUUAGUUCUGUCAACAACGUUGACAUCACCUCUGUCCAGCGACUCAUUGACGUUCGUAAUCAGCUGGAUAUGUACGCUUCCCCCGGUGUGGUAGACUGGCACGUUGCAUGCAUCAAUAAUCGCUGGACCAAGCGUGCCCUCAUGGCCGGAGGUUUCGGUAUCCCCACAAAGGCUCAUGAUGGCCUGCAUCACAGAUGGAGAUCCAUCUUCAGCGUGGCUGAGAUCGGCGGAAAGGACUCUGCUGCAGCUUUGGCAGAGGACGCUGCCAACGAAAGGGAGUUGCAGGCAAGCCAGUCGCGAAUGAGUCAACUAGACGAGGAGAUGGGCCAGAGCUCUGAUUCGGAAGAAGGCUUGCCUAAACCGGGCGAUGAGAAGGCAGAAGGUGCAGCAAAACAGAAAAGACGUGGGGCGGUUGUUCACGGGCUGAAUAGACCUUUGUUCCAUGUGGACUUGACCAGCGCGGUCCAGAGUGCGAUUGCGAAUGUGGAGGCUAGAGAAGAGUUUAGGGCUGCUUCUUUGCCGUCAUCUUGA